UUUUGUGUGCAUGUGGAGUGAGUGGAAGAGGAGGAACGUGUGCUCAGGUCCUUUUAACAAAGAACCUGGACACUUUGUGUGUUGGAAACUGCAUGUUGCAAUGUCUGUAAUUGUCUAGAUACUACCGUUCAUCAUUUGCACUUAUGAAAAACAGGUAUCUAUUUUUAUUUUACCGUAAGUAGCCAUUCUGUUGAGCCAAAGCAAUAUCCGAUACAGGCGCGUUGUGGCUUUGUUGUUUAGUCAAAGCAGGACUUUCUGCCCGUUUCAUGUUAUUUAGUUAGCUAGCUUUAGUUUAUUACAGCUGAGAGAAGAUGUCCACUGACUGCCAGAAGACCACUGCCAAGGCCAUCCCGUCGACCAGGAGGGUGACCAUCAACGACGCGGCGCACAUGCCCCACGACUACUCCACCACUCCCGGAGGGACCCUGUUCAGCACGACCCCGGGUGGUACCAGGAUCAUCUAUGACCGAAAGUUCCUGCUGGGGUGCCGCAGCUCUCCGCUGGCCAAGACCCCUCCACGAGGUCUGCCCAACAUUCCAGGGGUGACCAGUCCUUCCGCCAAAGACACAGCUGAGAAGGCCCACAAUGGAGAACUACUGAACAACAACAAUAUCGCUGCACCUGAUAGCAGCAACGCUGGUGAAGACUCACAGUUUGAAAUGGACAUCUAGGUGGUCCUGGAGUAUAAAGAUGUUAGACUUACCAAAAGAUGCUGUGAAGAGAGGCUCAGGAGCACCUUCUGUGUUCCUAUCAUCCAUUCCACGAGGACGGAGGUUCACCUUCAGUAUCUCCGGCGUCUUAGUGAUUUAAAGUCUGUCUUUAUCAAUCUCAUAUGCUUGUUUUGCCCAGAACAAAUUUCUAAUGAAACUUUUCUUUUCUGUCUGCCAAGGCUUAAACCUGAUUUAUGUGUGACAAAGUGUGCCUUCCUGUAGUGGCUACAAGUUUAAAAUCAACACUCAGAAGUACUUAACACCAAUAAUGCCUCAACAAUCCAUAAGAACUGAGAUCAAAUAAUGAAAAUCAAUUGGGGAAAAAGAAAAAUUGAAAUUAACUGGAUUUAUAACCAUUCCAGGAGGGUUUGUCACUUGGUGUGCUUUUAUUUCCACACAUUUUUUGACACCUUUCUUCAGAUAAUGCCUUGAAAUGUUCAAGAUACUGUAUAAUUUGUCAAUUGUGCUCUUAAAAAAAAAAAAGAGUUCUUCACCUGAAGUGUCAUACAGAGAAUGUAAAACAAUUUUGUUGAUGAAAUUUUGAAACAGAUUUUCACACAGUUUGUAGGGUUACAAGGCAUUAAAGCAAACACCAUUAAAGCAAA